ACGGCGCACCGCCACUGUGUCGCACUAAAAUGUGACUCGAGGCACCGAGCGUACCGAGCCCGAAAUUCCAUUAGUUUAGGAAAGUACGUACACCUUGGAUCUCCCGCGGUCGAGAGGAGCGAAAAGAAAAUAAUAAUAAUAAUAAUCGGGGAUAGCCUUGAGAAAAAAAAAUCUCUACCGCGCGAGCCCUUACGUGCACCGAAGUAUACAUAUCAUUUUACUCUAGUUGAAGAAGAGGGAGAGACAGGGAGAGAGAGAGAGAGAUAGACGGAGAUAUAGCCGAAAGAAUACGUAAGCGAGAGAAAGAGAGAGAGAGAGUGUGUGUGUAUCUGAAUGAAAGAAGAACGAGAAAGAGAGGAAUAUUAGAUGUAAUAGUGUGUGAGAGAGAGAGAGAGAGAGAGAGAGAGAGAGAACAAGAAAAAAAGUAAAUAGGAGAAACAAAGACAACAGUGAGAUUAUCUAGUAGAUGGGGAAUGAGAGAGAGAGAAAGAGAUUGAGGAACUAGAAUACCUCCUUGAUAAAUUUUCUUAAUGUACUCGAAUGCUACUACUUGUCAUUACGGAUGGAAAAUACUCGCGUGUAACCGAUGACUGAGUGACGUCAUACGAAGUGGCUGACAGCUGGUUUUUUUUUAAAUAUAAAUAGUGAUCCUUGUGACGGCGUGACGUGAAGGAGAGCGGGGAAACGCGAGAACAAAGGAGUAAGAGAGUAGGAGAUACCGAGAAGAUCCUGCCUCAACAACCUCGUGCUUCCGGCACUUCGUCCUUCUGAAAUAUUAUUGGUAUCCUGGGAAAACGUUGACUCCAGGCUGAAAUAGCGUGGCUGUAGAGGUCGAUAAGGAAGAAAAAGAUUUUAUCGGUGUUUUUCUUUUUUCCUUUUGUUCACCACCUAAUGCGCUCCUCUUAUACCAUUUAGGUAAUCUUGGCUGGCGCGACGUUUUUUCCCCCAAAAAUAUGAGAGAAAUCAGGAACGAUGUACAGCCAGAAAUUUAUCGGAAUUGGAUAAUAAAUCAGAACAUUUGUUUAGCUUGUAGUUAAAAGGUCAGGUGGAUGUGGAGGGGAAGUGAAAAGGCAUUGUGGAUGGAGGUUUACUAAUUUAUUUUUUAUUUCAAGAAAAUGACGAGAGGAGUUGGUGGGGGAUUAAAGGGGUACAGAUAAAGCUGAGUGCAUAUGGAUAUAACUGUAUCAAUGAAUUUUUUAAGCAGGUCAAACGAGUGAACUUUGAACCCUGCAGCGUCGUAUGGAAAAUGGAAAGAUUUUAAUCAGCACGAUGAAGCUGGACGUGAUGAUGGACAAAGAGAAGGGGCUGGAAUUGUUUGGAAAAUUAAUACGCACGAAAAAUAUUGACGGUCUCCAAGGAGACCAAAGCAAAACUGGUCCAGAACCAGUUCACCCGACAGACUCCAAGCAAAAAUUACAGAAGUGCCUGACGACUCUGGACCUGACGUCUCUUGGGGUUGGAUCUUGCGUUGGUACAGGGAUGUACUUGGUGGCGGGUAUGGUAGCACGUAGUGUGGCGGGUCCUGGCGUCGUCAUCUCGUUCAUUAUCGCGGCUAUCGCUUCCAUUUUCUCUGGGGCGUGUUAUGCCGAAUUUGGUGUCAGAGUGCCUCACACGACCGGCAGUGCAUACAUGUACAGUUACGUGACAGUAGGCGAAUUAAUAGCAUUCAUUAUUGGAUGGAACAUGGUGCUGGAGUACCUUAUAGGUACGAGUGCGUGUGCCUGCGCCCUGAGCGCCUGUCUGGAUGCUUUGGCGAAUGGUGCCGUUUCCGGUGCGAUAGCCAGCAGCGUCGGUACAAUUUUCGGUCGACCACCAGACUUCCUAGCGUUUGUUAUCACGUUGCUAAUGAUGCUCCUGAUGGCUGCCGGCGUGAAGAAGUCGUUGGUCUUUAACAACGUGCUCAACGCAGUUAACCUGGCGGUGUGGGUCUUCGUGAUGGCCGCCGGUAUGUUCUACGUCGACACAGCCAAUUGGUCCGAGCACAAGGGUUUCCUACCUUUUGGAUGGAGUGGAGUCUUCACCGGCGCUGCGACGUGUUUCUACGCCUUUAUUGGUUUUGAUAUUAUCGCCACGACUGGAGAAGAGGCGACUAAUCCAAAGAGGAGCAUUCCGUUAGCUAUAGUGUCCUCGUUGAUCAUCAUCCUGGUGGCUUACGUCACGAGCAGCAUGAUGCUGACGUUAAUCGUACCUUACGAUGAAGUCGAUCAGGACUCUGCACUGGUGAAAAUGUUUGGUCAGGUUGGAGCCUACAAGUGCAAGUACAUCGUGGCCGUAGGUGCACUGGCUGGUUUGACAGUCUCCAUGUUUGGCAGCAUGUUCCCAAUGCCCAGGAUAGUCUAUGCGAUGGCCCAGGAUGGUCUGAUAUUCCGGACUCUGAGUCAAGUGUGGCCAACGACCGGAACUCCGGCAUUAGCUACGUUCACUUCCGGCAUGUGUGCUGCCGUCGCUGCGCUUCUUAUUCAACUGGAAGUUCUCGUGGAGAUGAUGUCUAUUGGUACCUUAUUGGCCUAUACCCUGGUCUCCACUUGUGUCUUAAUCCUGCGGUACCAACCCCAUUCGACCAACCUGGUGGAAUUGCUUCCACAGAGUCUAAGAACGCCCUGUCGUUCACCGACCAAAGAGACUCAGGGUAACGGACAAGUCAGCUAUGGCAAGGAAUUGAGACCGGAUCAGCUGACUACAGCUUUGAAUACCGUUCAGACUUCUCAAUCUGAAUUAACUGCUAGUAACAAUGGACAGCGAAUAAUGGUACGGCGCGUCAGGAGAUGUAACAGUUCAUCGCCAGACUCGGAUGAUACUUAUGGUGGUGAGGAAGAUGACGUUGGUCUAGGCAAGGAUGAUCAGUACUUGGUUAGCGACAGGACGGAAAAUAAAUUUUAUGGAAGCGUUCACGCUGCGGCGGCCGCAUCUAGUUGCGGCAGUACUCAUCAGUAUCCUGGCAAUACGCCAAUUAUUGGACCUCCCUUGAAUUACUUGCAGAGAAGACUGCAGGCAGCGCAGUACUUGUGUCCUGCCAUUUUUCCUUGGGUCGAUAGGGGUCCAGCUACCGAAGCUUCCGGUCGAUACGUCAUGAAGAUGGUUGGCAUAUUAUACUUAUUAAUAUUAAUCUUUGACCUGAUCAUCGUCUGUGGAAUGGGAAAUAUGGGAACCUUCACAACGAUACUCCUUUUCUUGUUCCUCUUCGCGAUCAUCGGUGUCUUACUGGCUAUAAGCAGAAAGCCACAGAACAGGAACACCAUGAUGUUCAUGACACCAGGACUUCCAUUCGUACCAGCGAUAGCCGUAACCGUGAACAUCUACCUUAUCUUCAAGUUGCAUAUCUUAACCCUGGUGAGAUUUACAGUCUGGAUGACCCUUGGAUUCAUCAUGUACUUCUACUAUGGCAUAAAGCACAGUAGUCUUGAGGAGAAAAGCAGUAGUGACAACGUUGAAUGCGGAAACGUAAACGUGGCUGGAAAUAUCGAAUUGACGGUGACCGAACACCCGAAAGGUCAGGUCUCGUAUCCCGUCCAGGAGCAUAGCACCUACGAAGGUCAACAGCUGGACGCAUUCGGUCAGCCUGUCUUCGGCAGUACGAAUUUUGGUGGGACGCCCAACCAUCGUCCAAGCAGUGCCGAAAGUAAGACACCAUCGUCCAGUCAAGUUGGAGGUCAGCAGAGUCAGUCAACGGAGAAGGUGCUUUUCGUGGCUCAAGAUAAUUUCCCUACAUGGGACGAUUAAAGUUCGACUUGAAUAGGUUAGAAGAGCGCAGGAAGAGAGUCGCAAGAACAGCGCAAGACACUUAGAUAUAAUUCCUUUCGGAAAUUGCAGAAUGCUGUACCAAUGUACCAAGAAAAUACGUGACGAGACGAGAGUCACGGUGGAUUAGUAUAGUAUUAAUUAUUAUAAUUACGGUGAGUUUCUAUUAAGUCGUACGAGGAGGAUGGAACGUGGCUCAGUGAUCGUUAGUACUCCGAGUGUCUUCUGAAGGCGUGAGACGCGCAGAACGGGAAAACAAAAUGAAAACAGUUAUUAAAAAUUAAUUAAAUUACAAAAAUGUUAAUUAAUGUCAGUCUCGCGUUUUGAUUCGCUUUAACGUCAUUUAACCAUCAUUGAUACGAGUUUCGUGCGUCGAAACAUCCCGAGCGCGUUAUCAUUGGAUACAAACGGGUGCUUGAGCUUUUUUUCUUAAUAAAUAAGAAUACCUGAAAUUAUAUCUGUUAUCGAUUAUGCAAUUAAGGACGACGACCGGAAUUCGAUCUUGAUAUUGCCGGCGUGGAGGACGUGAUCCUCUCUCUGUUGUUAAUGCUAUGUUGUUAUUAUUGCGAACCGUCGUGCAAGGAGCAAAUACAAAGAGAUUCGCGAAAAGUUUUCUCUGAACAUUUGAUUUGAUGUUCUAUAGACUUCCGGUAGGGCGCUAAGGACUUCUGGAUGAAUUCGCGUUAUCGAGAUUAUCCACGUUGAAACGAUAAGGAACGAGUCCUGAACACGUCCAAGGUAAAACCUUUAGGUCGGUGAAUGUCGAGCUUCGAAGUGAUACCUUUAACGAUAAUAAUUAUAAGAAUUUACAGUAAACGAUCCACCUCUCUUUUAAGGAAAAAUAGGAUAAAGAACGCUCGGAUAAUUCUGAGAGGUAUUUUCUCCUUAAGAAAAGUUAUUUCAAAGAAGUAUAUAUAUGUAUGUUAUGAGGGAUAACAGUUAUCAAGGUCACUUCGUUGCUGGCUACGCGAUUCUAAAUUACUCGUGAUGCUCAAGAGACAAAGUGGGAAAUGCGUAUAAUAGUUUCCUUUUUUAGCGUGACAAUUUUAUCGUAUUAAGACAUCUUGUAAUAUAUGCGUACGCUAAGUCUCUGCAAUUUUCCGAAAGCUAAUUUGUUGGCUACUGUUUGGGACAAAUGUAGCAAAUAAUUGCGGCAAUAUUAAUUAUUAUCCUAAUUGUAUACAACUGUUAAUGAAGCUGCGGAGGUGAAGGGGGAUGCUGAAGGAAAAAAAAAGAUUAAGGCGAAAAAUACGAAAAAAAUUAUACGUAUAUGUGAGUGUAAUACAAGUACGAAACAAGUGCGCAAAUGAUUAAGUGGACAAAAAGUGUAUGGGAGAUUUUCAUGAAAUAUUCGAAAGAGGUUAGGUUUGGAAUGCUAAAAGAAAGGGAGCGACCAUUACUAUGAAACUAUACUUUUACUAUACAGUGCAGUAUAAGAAGAACUUUAGUUUUCCAAUAAUAGCAGCCUUUCGACUCUUAUAUUAGUCUAAUACUAUCCCUAGUCAGUUCAUCACAGCAUGUGAUCAAGAGGUUCUGCAUGUAUAAGUAACAAAAAAUGAAAUAGGAAUUGAAAAUGAUAGGAAAAAAGUCUAACAAUGAGCAAAGAAAGUAGGGGAGCAAAAAGAAACAAAGAGAAGGAGAAUGAGGUAUGGUAAAAGUUUGAAAAAUUGAAACUGCGAAGAGUGGGUGCCAUUAACGAGUUAAUCUUGCCUAAAUCUAGUCUUGCUCCUAAUUUAAUAAUUAUUACAUAUAACCCUAUGGCUAGGCUUACUGUCAUCUUACCUCUGAUACAUCAAGUACUUUACACAAAUUGUAUAAGUUUCCAUAGAGUAAGUGUGUCGUGCUCUCAAAAGACAAAAAUGGUCCAGAAGAAGAAUCGAGGAAUGAUGAGAGAGAAAAUGAGAAAAUAAUCGAAAAAGAAAAGACAAAAAAAAAAGUGAAAAGAAAAUAUUUCAUUUGUAUAUUCGGUGUUUUUCGAAAACUCCUUUUCAUUCGUAAUUCAUAAUAUUUCGAUAUAUCUAUUAACUAUAAUUAUCUGUCGUUUAUCCUCGCGUACUCAUUCGUGCGUCGUGCGAAAAAAAAUCGUCGUGCAUAGAUACUCUUUUUAAGGCAAUCGUGAUUAAACUCCAAAAAAAUUAAUUUUUCUUUGUCGCUAGAACGAUCCUCGAUAAAUAGAUUCGACGAAUUAUUCAUAAUAUCAACGUUUCGUUUUCGUCCUCGACCUGCCUCGCCAGGAUGCAUCCUUUGAGAAACAAGCUUCUGUUUCUUUUACAUUCAAUUCCUGUCAUACCAUCCCGUCGUUCGUAUUCGUCGAUGUAUAGUGAUACGAUUUAUGAUAAACGUCAAUGACGUAUUGAUUAUUAAUAAGCGCGAAUGUACUACGUAAAGUUCCGGCGUAGACACGAGGAGAGGAAAAUUGCCAUUUUCUAUCGCGAUUAAAGUUUUAACUCUAUAUUUAUAAACGGUUGUGUAGUAGAAAGUUAGAGAGCCAACGUAAGCAGUGCGCAUGCGCGCAGAAAGUCAAAUCAACAACCAAAUUAGCAGAAAUACUUAUUACCAUUACCCCUAUCCACCAUUUUGCUUGUGCUCCGACGUUGUUUGCUAUUAUUUUUUCUUUCUUCAAUUUUAUCAAGUCCAGUACGCAUGCCGCUGACGAUUGUAGAAAUAUCUACACGUAAAACGGAGUCUUGCGCGUUAAAAUCGUUUCGUAUUAUCAACGUCUGCUUGUAUUUGCGCAUGCGCACCAACCUAAUAUUACCUGACUUAUUGCAUAUUAGAAAUGAUAUAUUGUUGAAUAUUUUGAAUGCACAUCUUUACAAAACUAAACGAGGAACAAAACAGAGAGAAACAGAAUGGGAGAAAGAGGAAGAAAAAAGUUAAUAAAAAUAUGUAUAGACUCGUACGCACUUAUAGGCAUCCUAUUAAGGAUAUUUUUACUAGUAACCUAUUUUUUUAUUAUAUCUUAUAAUCUUAAUUAAUGCCUGUCGGUAGCUUCAAAACCCUUUAUCUGAUUUAACCUCACUUUCGAAACAUCUACCUUUAAUUUCGAGAAUAUCCAUUUGGCCGGGUCUACGAUUCUUAUUUUUUCUGUCAUUUCGUAAUUUUCGUAAAUAAAUUUACUCAGCAAAUGGGAUACCAGAGCAAAUGGUUGUCGUAUCCAUUGGUAAAAGUUUCAUAGACACUGCAAUCAGGAAGUACAUAUUUACCUUGUACUUCUGUAUAAAUAAUAUAAAUACAUUACAUAAUAUAUUACAUAUAUAUAUAUAUAUAUAUAUAUACAUACACAUAAAAGUAAGGCUAUACUUUGAGCAUUUAUAGUUCCCCCCUUGUUCCAUGACCAA